CCCGCCCCCGAAGUUUGUUGUUGUCCAGUGUCCCGGUCGCGGCGCCACCAUGGCGUUGCGACAAGCGCUGGGCCGCGGCCUGCACCUGGGUCGAGCGCUUGUGCUGCGCUUCACUGCGAAGCCCGGCGCGGCCUACGCCUGGGGGCGGCCAGGCCCGGCGGCGGGAUGGGGUCGGGGAGAGCUCCCGGGCCGAGCCGCAGUGCUCGGCGCACAGGCUCGGGGACUCGGGCUGCGGCUCCCCGAUCGCUACCGCUUCUUCCGCCAGUCGGUGGCCGGGCUGGCGGCGCGACUCCAGCGGCAGUUCGUGGCGCGGGCCCGAGGCGGCGCGGGCCCCUGCGGCCGAGCGGUGUUUCUGGCCUUUGGGCUGGGCCUGGGCCUCAUCGAGGAGAAGCAGGCGGAGAGCAGGCGGGCGGCCUCUGCGUGCCGCGACAUCCAGGCCAUUUUUACCCAGAAAAGCAAGCCAGUUCCUGACCCGCUGGACACACGACGCUGGCAGGGCUUCCAGCUAGAGGACUAUCUGAUAGGACAGUCCCUCGGCAAGGGCUGCAGCGCUGCCGUAUAUGAAGCCACUGUAGCUGCAUUGCCCCAGCACCUGGAGAAGACAGAGGGCACCAGGCCGCUGCCAGGGAGCGGCCCAGAUGUCAUCUCACAGGGAGAGGAGGAGCAGACUCCAGGGACCCCUGCCUUUCCCCUUGCCAUCAAGAUGAUGUGGAACAUCUCGGCGGGCUCUUCCAGCGAAGCCAUCUUCCGCAAGAUGAGCCAGGAGCUGGUGCCAGCUAGCCGAGUGGCCUUGGCUGGGGAGUAUGGAGCAGUUGCGUACAGAAAAUCCAGAGGAGGUCCGAAGCAGCUUGCCCCACACCCCAACAUUAUCCGCGUCUUCCGGGCCUUCACCUCCUCAGUGCCACUGCUGCCGGGGGCCCUCACUGACUACCCAGAUGUGCUGCCCCCUCAUCUCCACCCUGAAGGUCUAGGCCAUGGACGCACCCUGUUCCUCGUUAUGAAGAACUACCCCUGCACCCUGCGCCAGUAUCUCCGUGUGAGCACCCCGAGCCCCCGCCUGGCCACUGUGAUGCUGCUGCAGCUGUUGGAAGGUGUGGCCCAUCUGGUUCAGCAGGGCAUUGCGCACAGAGACCUCAAGUCCGACAACAUCCUCGUGGAGCUGGACGCAGGUGGCUGCCCCUGGCUGGUGAUCUCCGAUUUUGGCUGCUGCCUGGCUGAUGAGAGCGUCGGCCUGCAGUUGCCUUUCCCCAGCUGGUAUGUGGAUCGAGGUGGGAACGGCAGCCUGAUGGCUCCUGAGGUGUCCACAGCCCAUCCUGGCCCCAGAGCAGUGAUUGACUACAGCAAGGCUGAUGCCUGGGCAGUAGGUACGAUCGCCUAUGAAAUCUUCGGGCUCGCCAAUCCCUUUUACGGCCAGGGUGGCGCCCACCUGGAAAGCCGCAGUUACCGAGAAGCUCAGCUGCCUGCCCUGCCCGAGUCAGUGCCUCCAGACGUGCGACAGCUGGUGAGGUCACUGCUCCAGCGGGAAGCCAGCAAGAGACCGUCUGCCCGUGUGGCUGCAAAUGUGCUUCAUUUAAGCCUCUGGGGCGAAGACAUUCUAGGCCUGAAGCAUCUGAAAUUAGACGAGAUGAUCGGCUGGCUUCUCCAGCAGUCCGCUGCCGCGCUGCUGGCUGACAGGCUCACAGAGAAGAGCUUCGUGGAAACAAAGCUCAAGAUGUUGUUCCUCGCUAACCUGGAGUGCGAGGCGCUCUGCCAGGCGGCCCUCCUCCUCUGCGCGUGGCGGGCAGCCCUGUGAGGACUGUGCCCAGCUGGCUCGUUACUAAACAGCUUGGCUGCAUCUGUGUGCUGAUGGUAUGUGAGUGUCGAGGGGGCUUAGCUGGGAGGUUGCGCAUCAGGAGAAGCUGGAAUGGGGGCUGGUCAGCCAGAGAGGGCCUCAGGUUUGGAAAACGGAAAGACAUGAGUCAAAAGUUUAAUCUGUAGUCAGUGACUGCAGCUGUGUGUGUCCCAUAACCUGCAUGGGAACUAAGCUGUCCUCCCUGUGAAAUCAAGAUGCUGGUCUAAACGAGGCAUUGGCAAAUCCUGGAGAGGGCCAGACAGAUAGUACCGUAAGUUGUUACAACUGACUCUGUCAUCAAAGUACAAAAGCAGCCUGACUAAACAAAUGAGCACAGCUUCAUUCGUGGGCCCUGAAAUGUGAUUUUCAUCUGUCUCCAAAUUUGUUUUCAACCAUAAAGAAGCAUAAAAACCACUUUUACUUUGCACUUGGUGACCAGAUUGGCCCCUGGCCAGUUUGCCAACUCCUGGUCUAGACAAGUUCACAAAGCCUAGAAAAACUAAUGCUGAACAAUCACUCAGUCUCUUUUAUCAGUGCUAAAGAUAGCAUGAAAUGGCCUAGGGAUAUAGCCGGUGCCUGCCUGGCAAGUAUAAGGUCCUGAGCUCAAUUCGUGGUUCCAAAAAAAAAAAGAAAGACACCAUGAGAGUUCUCUGCGUGCAGAUCCCAAGGAGCCCAUUCUCUGCACCAGGAGGGAAGUUACACUGGGCACCGCUGCUGACCCCAAGAGCCCCACCUUAAAACCCAGGAGCUAUCCUCACAGAGCUCCCAACGUGAAUGGUCAGUUUACCUGUUAGAGCAUCUGUGCCCACCUUAGAGGAUAUCUAAGCCAAAGCAGUGGCUGUAGGUGGUGUUUAUAACAUUGCCUCCAGCACCAGGACUGAGCUGUGGCUGGUCUGAAAGGGGACCCUGGGGCCCAGUCAGCGUGUGCCUCCUGGCUGCCCAAGGUUUGGCAGUGAAUUCAGACAGUGGCGAAGGGGCACCCGAGGAAGCAUCCCUGUGGUGCUGCCUCAUUAACCUGACGCCAUCAACAUGGUAAAUGCGAAUUAACAGUGUGGCAUUUUAAACUCACUGAUUUUCCUUUGGACUAACAUUUCUUUAAAAAAUUGUGAGACUCAGGCAAGUUUAUAACACUGAAUACAUGAUGUGCCAAACUAAA